GUGACCGCUCCUGCCCGUCCCCGUGUCGCCGUUAGUGGUCGCCUCGGUUUUCUGCCCGUCCCUCCCUCAGUAUUCCGGGCUAUCUUUCAGACGAGUCCGGGAGCAGACGUGCUUUACGGGCACUUUCCUUCUUGUCACUUCCUGGGCCGCACAUGGGCUCCUGCUACGUGCCCGGGGGUGUGACAGGUUUAUUUUAGGCAAAUAAUGCCAGCAGAACGUAAACCUCCAUCAAACAUGGAAGAAAGGGAUUCUGCAGGUAUUUCCAAAGACUCUUCUGAGAAACGGGCAACAGGUGGCAGAGAGCGAGCUAAAGAUGAAGUAAAGGUGGGAAGCAAGAGAGACCCAUCAAGGGUUACAGAAGAGAAGAAGAAAAAAACAGAAGAAGAAAAACGCAAGAAGGAGGACAAGGAUAGUAGAAAGGAGGAUGAUUUGGGGAAAACUGCUGAGGAGGAAAAACAAGCUCAAGAAGAGGAAAGAAAAAAGCGGGAAGAAGAGCUUAGUCAUCAAGAAGAAGCUGCUGCCCUAAUAAAGGAGAAAGAAGAAGCACAUCAGUUACAUCAGGAAGCCUGGGAGAGACAUCAGGCCAGAAAAGAGCUUCGCAGCAAAAAUCAAAAUGCUUCUGAGCAUCGUCCUGAAGAACACUUUUUCAGCAGGCUGGAUUCAAGUCUAAAGAAAAACACUGCCUUUGUGAAGAAACUUAGAACCAUAACUGAGCAGCAAAGAGAUUCUUUGUCCCAUGAUUUUAAUGGCCUUAACCUAAGCAAAUAUAUUGCAGAAGCCGCAGCUUCAAUUGUAGAAGCCAAACUAAAAAUCUCAGAUGUUAACUGUGCUGUACACUUGUGUUCUCUCUUUCACCAGCGAUAUGCUGAUUUUGCCCAGUCUCUGCUUCAGGUUUGGAAGAAGCACUUUGAAGCCCGCAAAGAAGAUAAAACCCCAAACAUUACUAAGCUGAGAACAGAUUUGCGCUUCAUUGCCGAACUUACCAUAAUUGGCAUUUUCACUGACAAAGAAGGUCUCUCAUUGAUCUAUGAACAGCUGAAGAACAUCAUAAAUGCUGAUCGGGAGUCCCACACUCACGUUUCAGUAGUUAUCAGCUUUUGUCGUCACUGUGGUGAUGAUAUUGCUGGUUUGGUCCCUAGAAAAGUGAAAUGUGCAUCUGAGAAAUAUAAUCUAAACUUCCCACCUAGUGAGAUUAUUAGCCCAGAGAAACAGCAGCCUUUUCAGAACUUGCUGAAGGAAUACUUCACAUCUCUAACAAAACAUCUGAAGAGGGACCACCGAGAGCUGCAGAAUAUAGAACGCCAGAACAGACGCAUCCUUCACACAAAGGGAGAACUGAGUGAAGACCGACACAAGCAAUAUGAGGAAUUUGCAACAUCUUAUCAGAAAUUAUUGGCCAACUCACAAUCUCUUGCUGAUCUUUUAGAUGAAAAUAUGCCGGAACUUCCUCAAGACAAACCUUUGCCAGAAGAACAUGGCCCUGGCAUUGAUAUAUUCACACCUGGGAAGCCUGGUGAUUAUGAUUUGGAAGGAGGCAUUUGGGAAGAUGAAGAUGCCCGAAACUUCUAUGAAAACAUGAUUGACUUGAAAGCUUUUGUUCCUGCGAUUUUAUUUAAGGACAAUGAAAAAAGUACUCAAGCCAAGGACAGUGGCAAGGAUGACUUGAAAGACUGUAAAGAGCGAGAUGUUCCAACAACAGAAGAGCUUGAAUUGGAAUUGGAAAAUUUGGAUAUAAAUGAUGAUGCCUUGGAGCUAGAAGGAGUUGAGGAAGCAGAAGACCUUACAAAAAAACUGCUUGAUGAGCAAGAACAAGAAGAUGAAGAAGCUAGCACUGGGUCUCAUUUGAAGCUUAUAGUUGAUGCCUUCAUUCAGCAGUUGCCAAACUGUGUUAAUCGUGAUCUUAUAGACAAGGCUGCAAUGGAUUUUUGCAUGAACAUGAAUACAAAAGCAAAUAGAAGGAAAUUGGUUAGAGCACUUUUCAUUGUUCCUAGACAAAGAUUGGAUUUGCUGCCAUUUUACGCAAGAUUGGUUGCUACUUUACACCCAUGUAUGUCAGAUGUGGCAGAAGAUCUUUGUUCUAUGCUAAAGGGGGAUUUUAGAUUCCAUGUAAGAAAGAAGGAUCAGAUCAAUAUUGAAACCAAAAACAAGACUGUGAGGUUCAUCGGUGAACUUGCCAAGUUUAAAAUGUUCAGCAGAACAGACACUCUCCAUUGUUUGAAGAUGCUACUGUCAGACUUUUCACAUCACCACAUUGAAAUGGCUUGUACGCUUCUUGAAACCUGUGGAAGAUUCCUGUUCCGAUCGCCAGAUUCCCACUUACGAACCAGUGUACUGUUGGAACAAAUGAUGCGCAAAAAGCAAGCCAUGCAUUUGGAUGCACGAUAUGUAACAAUGGUGGAGAAUGCCUAUUAUUAUUGCAAUCCACCUCCAGCUGAAAAGACUGUCAGAAAAAAGCGGCCACCUCUCCAGGAGUACAUUAGGAAACUGCUGUAUAAAGAUCUAUCCAAAGUUACAACAGAAAAGGUUUUACGGCAAAUGAGGAAAUUGCCUUGGCAGGAUUCAGAGGUGAAAGAUUAUGUUAUUUGCUGCAUGAUCAACAUUUGGAAUGUGAAGUACAACAGUAUCCACUGUGUCGCCAACUUACUAGCAGGUUUGGUGCUUUACCAAGAGGAUGUUGGAAUUCAUGUGGUGGAUGGUGUAUUGGAAGACAUUCGUCUAGGAAUGGAGGUUAAUCAGCCAAAGUUUAACCAGCGCCGUAUAAGCAGUGCUAAAUUUCUUGGAGAGCUGUACAACUACAGGAUGGUGGAAUCUGCAGUUAUAUUCCGUACACUUUACUCCUUUAUAUCCUUUGGUGUUAACUCAGAUGGCAGCUCCAGUCUCCUUGAUCCACCAGAGCAUUUGUUUCGAAUCAGAUUAGUGUGCACCAUUCUCGAUACCUGUGGACAGUAUUUUGACAGAGGAUCUAGCAAACGCAAGCUUGACUGUUUCCUUGUUUACUUUCAGCGCUAUGUCUGGUGGAAAAAAAGCCUGGAUGUAUGGACAAAAGACCACCCAUUUCCUAUAGACAUUGACUAUAUGAUAAGUGAUACCCUGGAGCUGCUGAGGCCAAAGAUGAAACUCUGCAACUCAUUGAACGAAGCUGUCAGACAAGUGCAAGAUCUGGAACGAGAGUUUCUAGUAAAACUAGGUCUGGUGAAUGACAAAGAUUCAAAACAUUCUAUUGCUGAAGGUGAAGCUCUAGAGUAUGAGGAUGAUGAAGAGGAGGAGGAAGCAGGGGCAGAGACAGAGGAGCAGUCGGGAAAUGAAAGCGAAAUGAAUGAACAAGAAGACGACGAUGCUUCAGAAAAUGAAGAAGAAGAAGAAAGGGAGGAAGAAGAGGAAGAAAAUACUGAUUAUAUGACUGACUCUAACAAGGAAAAUGAGACUGAUGAAGAAAACAAUGAGGUGAUGAUUAAAGGAGGUGGGAUCAAACAUGUACCUUGUGCAGAGGAUGAAGACUUUAUUCAGGCUCUUGAUAAGAUGAUGCUGGAAAAUCUUCAGCAGCGUAGUGGAGAGUCUGUGAAAGUGCAUCAACUAGAUGUUGCAAUUCCCCUACAUCUGAAAAGUCAGCUAAAGAAAGGACAAACAUUGGGAAGUGGGGAAGGAGAGACGGAAUGCAGUGAUACAAUGCCUUUCGUAAUGCUGACAAGAAGAGGCAACAAACAACAGUUUAAGAUUCUUAAUGUGCCCAUGUCCUCCCAACUAGCUGCAAACCACUGGAAUCAGCAGCAAGCAGAGCAAGAAGAAAGAAUGAGGAUGAAAAAACUCACUUUAGACAUCAAUGAACGUCAGGAGCAAGAGGACUACCAAGAAAUGCUUCUGUCUCUAGCACAGCGUCCAGCUCCAGCAAAUACAAACAGGGACCGGCGGCCUCGGUACCAGCAUCCUAAAGGGGCACCAAAUGCAGAUCUCAUCUUCAAGACAGGCGGCAGGAGACGUUGAUCAAGUGUUAGUCUAUUGGGCCCUACAUCUGACAACAUGGCUUGUGGAGUCCUACAGAUAUUGCGUCAGAUCAGCAGCACAUCACAGCAUGUUCAGAAGAGAGUGUAUUCCGGAGAGAACAGAGCUGGUAAUGAGGAGAAGCAGGAAUACUCCAUUCUGCUUCCACCUGAUCAGAAGAAGCUUCCAGCCCAGAGAUCAUCGAUACACACAUAGAAUGAGCACUGUUUGCUGAUAAGACAUCACAGUGGCCUUACACUGCAGGGAAAGAGUGAAAUGGAUUACUUUGCAAGCAGCUCAGUUAUUGUAGAAAGAUAUGUUUAAAGUUUUGCAAAUAAUUUCAAGACUUGCAAAAUGGCUGGUACAGACACGGAGUUGUCCGCUGGAGCAGAGCAGGCAAAGAACUUCAUACGGCAGCUGAUGAAACACCAAUGAGGAGAUACAAUGGAACUUUGCCACACGCCAUGUUGUGGUGACCGUUAGAUGUGGAAAAGAGCUAAACCUCUUAAAAAAAAAGAAAAAAGAAAAAAAAAAAAGCCUUUUUUGUUGUUUACAAUUUCCAGCAGUUUUAUUUUGUGUUUGGGAAUACUUUGAAUGAAAACGUAAAGGGCACUUGCUUAGUUUAAGCUUUCUCUGGUUAGAUCAAACUUAGGAAGGAUGGCAUUACCUACUGUUGUACUGAGAAACUAGAAAUACACUUGUCUCCCAUGUUAAUACUGGGAAGAGCACAACAGUUUAAAAUGCCACACAACACAAUAGGAAAGGGAGCAUAAGGGUAAAGGAGAUGGUUAUGCCAGGGUGCAUAAACACUGUGUGGGGAUAGAACAGUUAUUGGAGUAGCUAAAGAAUAAAAAAACAAAAAACAAAUAUUUUCCUCUUUAUUUAUUGGCACUUUCCAUUUCAGUUUAUCGUGUAAAUAGAACUGGUAAAAAGAAAAAAAAAAGCACAUAUAUGCCCUUUCUGAUAAGUUUUCCUUUUUAUUUUUUGUUUACCUCUUUUGGGUAAUUCUGCAUGUUGGAAUCACAUUGGAAAAUAACUUGUAAAGUUGUACCAUUUCCAACAGAAAUGCUCCACGAUCUUCACCAGCUUAAGAAACCUUUGUCAGCGCUGCAAUAAAGAAUUGUAAAUUAGAA